AUGCUUCCUGUUCUCCGACCAUCGCUUGGUGCUGCCGCUUCUACGGUGAUCGGGCAGCGGGCCGGCCUUGCAGCUGUCGUAGGCACCCGAGCACUGGCUGUUACGUCUGCAGCUUUCCGAACACGCGCACGCCUCAACACUGCAUCACCAUCCACGACAGCAACCUCACAAACUAGCCGAAGCUUCUUACACGACCAUCCAUACCCAUCGUCGCAGCAGGUCCGAGCCUACCGACGACAUGUAACACCAAAACCAACACCAACGCCAACGUCAUGGCGCCCGACGACAACUGCUCGCAGACCUCCGCCUCCAUGGGGAGUACAAGGACAACAACACCAACAACAACGCCGUUUCGCCUCCAACGACUGGUGGAACCGCUCCUUCAACGAGCGCGUCGACCCCUACGGCGUCCACCGGCGCUACGCCGACCCCCUCUUCACGGACCAAGACUUCAAGAAAGCCGCGCGCCACCAAAACACCAAAUACCUAGCCAUCUUCUGCGUCGCCGGCACCAUCAUCUUCUACUUCAUCAACCUCGAGACCGUGCCCGUGUCCGGGCGCACGCGGUUCAACAUCUACUCGCGCAAGCGCGUAGUCGAGGCCGGCGAGCUGUCCUACCGCCGCCUGUUGUAUGAUCUGGAACAGCAAGGUGUCGGUGUCCUGCCGGACUGGGACUAUCGCACGCAGCGUGUGAAGAGGGUGAUGGCGAAGCUGAUCCCGUUCAGCGGGAUGCGGGACGAGAAGUGGGAGAUUUUCGUGAUUGACGAUCCGCACACCGCCAACGCUUUUGUGUUGCCUGGCGGAAAAGUGUUUGUCUUCAGCGGGAUCCUCCACCUAGCCAGGACAGACUCGCAGCUGGCGACGGUGCUGGGCCACGAGAUUGCGCACAAUGUCGCUGACCACGUCGGGGAGCGCAUGUCGCAGAACAUUGGCGUCAACAUCUUGCUGUACAGCCUGGUGGUGCUCACGGGCAUCUUCGGUGUGGGGGCGCUCAUCGCGCAGUUUGGGGGCGCGUGGGCGCUCAACACGGCCAUCUCGAACCCGAUGAGCCGCAAGCAGGAGAGCGAGGCGGAUUAUAUCGGCUUGAUGAUGAUGGCGGAGGCGUGCUAUGAUCCGCGCGAGGCGGUGACGUUCUGGGAGAGGAUGGAUAGGAAGACGCAGGAGAAGGUGCCUGAGUGGAUGAGUACGCAUCCUUCGCACUCGAACAGAAUCGAAAAGAUCCAAGACUGGUUGCCAGAAGCCCUGGAGAAGAGGGAGAGGAGUGAUUGCCGCACUACUGCCUCGUUUGCGGACCUGUUCAGACAGGCAUUGCUGAAUGGUAUCAUUGAGAUUCGCCAGUAUUAG